UGGCGCCCCCAAACGUCAAAUGUCACUUGUCAUUCGGCGUUUUUAAUUUUCUUGGUUAAUAUAUUAUUACAGCCCCAAUGGACGAGAUUGAGUGGAAUGUGGCCCACGAGGGGCAGUUGCUGGAAGCCAUGGUGGGGCACAAGCCCGUCGGCGUCAACAAAUACUUCCAAAUGGCCUGUAUCUGUGAUAAAUUCGCCGACAGUUGCCAGAAAGAGAUAAAUUCCGCCAAGGUUUGGGCCCACCUCGAGACAAUGUACAAUUUGGAAGCUUUGGAUGAAAGCGAGUCAAUCCCUUUCCCCAACAGUGAGCGAGAAUUCGCGUUGCCCGACUCAGACUUUGGCUCUCUUCUUGUGAAAAAGGAAGACGAUAAGAAGUUGACGCAGAAAGGCCGCGAGACCCCUAAGUCACUCAAGGAAUUGCGAAAAGAAGAAAAAACACCAAUUAGGAACAUUAAAGAGGUGCAAAGACGCGAUAGUAAAGACAGUAAGGAGAAAACCCCCGCGAGUGCUAAAAAAGAAAUGAAAAAAGAACCGGAAAAGAGUAAAAGUAAAGGUAAGAGUAAUAGUAGUACCCCCAGAGAGGAGAACAAGACUAAAAAAAGUGACGACACCCCCAAAUUGACAAAAAGGCCCACUAGAGGCAGCUCAAAACCCGACGAUUCAAGCUCAAGUGGGAAAUCCAGUCCAAUAGCAGUCACACCACCUGCGACAAAACGACGACGCAUUUAAAUAAUUAAUUUAUUUAAAAAAAGAUGGAUAAAAAGUGCCUCAAAUAAAUUGAUUAAAACUUGAUACAAUAUCACCUCUCAAGACGACAAAAAAACGCAUGUUUAGAUUCGCUCGUUUCACGUAUAUACUUAUCAUAAAAAUUUAAAACCACCGCUUCCACUUUAAAACCGAAUUUUUGGUACAAAAACAACGCCGGAUUGUUGAUUGACACGUGCAGAGUGAUGUCUUUCCCGAGACUGGUCUGAAACAAUUGAUUAAUUUAAAUCCAAUCAAAAUUUCCUUAAUUACUUGAAUUAAAUGAUACAGCAUGAAUUUCCCAAUUCCCACGUUUCUCCACCCCGGACGUGUGAAAAUAAACGAAAUGUAAUUUUCGGUGUAUUUAACAUUGGGGACGAGGAAUGCAAACCCCACAAUUAGUUUUCGGUACAAAACCACGCAACUGAAAUCGGGGUAUUGCAAACACUCUGUUACUAAAAAAAAUAUUAAACUUGUUUUGGUUUUUUGAUUUUUUGGCCACUUACAGUCUAUUCCGGACCAGAAAAAGUUGUUGCAAAGACUGUUAAUGGCAGGGAUGUGUUCAGGUUGGACGUAGGUGUAGUCAAUGGGGGCCCUUGGGGGCAAAACAUAUCCUUCUGUCUUCUCGUUCGCUUUCAUUUGUAUCUCGGCCAUUAGACGUAUCCAAGACGGAUAAGUUUCUGUAUCUCUUCUUAUGUAAGGUUUUAAAUAAAUACUGCUGUAAGGCGAGA